AUGACAUGCGACGGUGGCUUUUGUCGUUGUCCAAAUGGAUUGGUUUUUGCUGGAACGCAGUGCUCGCAAUCGUGCCCUAUUGGCUAUAUAGCCAAUAAUAGAGGAGUUUGCACUCGAGGUUGCCAAGGAAAUCAGAUCGAAGUGGGCGGUGAAUGUCUCAAUCAUGCUGUUGCUGGUCAGCCUUGCCGCGUUCAAGCUCAAUGCGUUGGAGGAUCAAGUUGUCUAAGAGGUCGCUGUGCUUGCGCUCAAGGAACUAUCUUCAAUGGAAGCAUUUGCGUUUAUGGUAGGGGCUGGCUUAGCGGGUCGCCAAUUUGAAU